AUGGUUUUCAUACGAUCACGGAAUUUCCUUUGCUGUCUGCCGGUCAGAUAUGGUGUUUUUAUACUCACGGUCUUAAGUAUACUUGGGGGCGGUACUUUAGCAGGAUUUGGCUACUUGAUUGCGAUAUCGCAGACAGGCGGCGGUGCGCCUCCCGACAAAGCGGUGGAAGCUGCAUUCUAUAUCCAAGCGGUGGUAUUUACGGCCUUUACGUUUGUUUCCGUCUUUGGAAUCAUUGUUGUCAUUCUGCGGAGCAAGCGCCUGAUCCGCCUCUACUGUCAAAUACUCUACGGCAUGGUCAUCGCUGCCGUUGGUUCCGGCAUAUACAGCAUCGUCGUCGUGUUCUACGCUGACUCCAACGUCGGAUGUCUGACAAACAUAAUAGACGAUAAUCCGGACGAUUGCAAAGAAUCUGCUAUUAUUGGAGGCGUCAAUGUCGGGGCAAUCCUGUUCGUGUGGGCCUUGGCUUCCUAUGCUUGCGUCAUCGUGCCAAAUUAUGCGGAGGAAAUCGCCGUCAAGGAGUACUUGGACAAACCCCCGACGAAGAAGCCCACUAUCAGCUUGCCCACUCCGCAGAUGAGCACGACGUACAACUCGUUCACGCCUACGCUGAGGGCUGAGUACGGAUUCACUGACCCGCGACAAUCGUUUGGCGUGCAGCGUUCGCCCCUGCCGCCACCCAAUUCACCUCUUCCCCGUACACCUCACCCUCGGACACCGACAUUGCGCAUGUCUAUCUCUCAUACGGCGGUGACUCAUACCCCGAUAGUACAUACCCCGACGAUCCGUACACCACGGACAGCCACACACUUUGCCUAG